CCUUUUUCAACCUUCACGUUAAACCACUGUAGGGGCACCUUCAACCAGUUCCGCGGCGCACCGGCAGCGGAUUGAUCAAUACAAAUUACUAGUAUUUAUAUAUUAGAACACAUUUACAAAUACAGGCAUUAUGUCUCUUCUGACUAUUAGUAGGUUGGCCCAUAGGGUUCUGUGUUCAAAGAAUGCAGCAGGUGUUGCUGUGAUAGCCAGAAAUGUUAGUGCAUCCACGAAUUUGAAAGAUGUCCUGGCAGAUCUCAUUCCCAAAGAACAGACUAGAAUCAAGAACUUUAAGCAGCAGUAUGGCAAAACUUCUAUUGGCCAAAUCACUGUGGAUAUGGUUUAUGGAGGUAUGAGGGGUAUGAAGGGCCUAGUAUAUGAGACCUCUGUGCUUGACCCUGAUGAGGGAAUUCGUUUUCGUGGCUACAGCAUUCCUGAGUGUCAGCAGCUAUUGCCAAAGGCUGCAGGAGGUGAGGAACCACUGCCUGAGGGACUCUUCUGGCUGCUAGUCACAGGCCAGGUGCCCAAUGAGGAACAGGUGAACUGGUUGUCAAAAGAAUGGGCUAAGAGGGCAGCUCUCCCCUCUCAUGUGGUCACAAUGUUGGAUAACUUUCCAACCAACCUGCACCCUAUGUCUCAGUUUAGUGCUGCUGUCACUGCUCUAAAUAGCGAAAGCAGCUUUGCCCGAGCCUACUCGGAGGGAGUCCAUAAAAGCAAGUACUGGGAGUUUGUGUAUGAAGAUUCCAUGGACUUGAUUGCCAAGCUUCCCUGUGUGGCAGCUAAGAUCUACCGCAACCUGUACCGUGAGGGCAGCAGCAUUGGUGCCAUUGAUCCCAACCUGGAUUGGUCUCACAAUUUCACCAACAUGUUGGGCUACAGUGAUUCCCAGUUUACUGAGCUCAUGAGACUCUAUCUAACCAUCCACAGUGACCAUGAAGGUGGUAAUGUCAGUGCCCAUACCAGUCACCUGGUGGGAAGUGCCCUGUCUGACCCUUAUCUUGCCUUCAGUGCAGCCAUGAAUGGCCUGGCUGGACCCCUGCAUGGACUCGCUAACCAGGAGGUGCUUGUAUGGCUGACAGCCCUCCAGAAGGAGCUUGGCGGUGAAGUGUCAGAUGAAAAUAUGAGAGAUUACAUCUGGAAUACACUAAAAUCUGGCAGGGUGGUACCUGGCUAUGGGCAUGCUGUCCUGAGAAAGACCGAUCCACGCUACACAUGCCAGAGAGAGUUUGCCCUGAAACACCUUCCCAAUGACCCCAUGUUCAAGAUGGUGUCUCAGCUCUACAAGAUUGUGCCCAAUGUGCUGCUGGAGCAGGGCAAGGCUAAGAACCCAUGGCCCAAUGUUGAUGCCCACAGUGGAGUACUACUGCAGUAUUACAGCAUGACUGAGAUGAACUACUACACAGUGCUGUUUGGAGUGUCGCGGGCCCUUGGUGUACUGGCUCAGCUGAUUUGGAGCAGAGCACUGGGCUUCCCUCUGGAGCGUCCCAAGUCCAUGAGCACAGAUGGUCUUAUGGCCCUAGUAGGGGCUAAGUCAACCUAGAGAGAACAGGCCAAUAAAGCUGACUAGAUGGGGUGCCGGAGUUUUAGUCAUGAAAUAAGCCUUUGGACUAAAGAAUUUAAAAACCAAUUCCACCUGAAGUAAAAAGGGCCAUUAUUAUUCAAUACUGUUAUUGUUAAAACUUGAGACAUUUUCCAAAUUUAGUCAAAGUACGUGUGACUGGUUUUCCUCUUCUUACAUGUACUAAUUCUGAUUGAUUACUUAUUUUUGCCCCGUUAGGUUAAAAUACAUAAAG